AUGUCCCCUGUGUCUAAUCUGACACAGACACUGGAAGAUGUCUUCAAAAGGAUUUUUAUUACCUAUAUGGAGAGUUGGCGUCGAAACACAACAGUUGAGCAAGAAGCCCUACAGGCCAAAGUGGAUGCUGAGAAUUUUAACUACGUCAUCUUGUACCUCAUGGUGAUGAUUGGGAUGUUCUCUUUCAUCAUCGUUGCCAUCCUGGUGAGUACGGUGAAGUCCAAAAGGCGAGAACACUCCAACGACCCCUACCAUCAGUACAUCGUGGAGGACUGGCGUGCGAAAUACAAGAAUCAAAUGUCGAAUCUGGAAGAAGCCAGGGUCACUAUUCAUGAGAACAUCAGUGCAUCGGGGUUCAGAAUGUCUCCUUGAUCAGAGCCAACCUCCAACAUCCAGAGAUGGAGACUUGCUGGCGGUGACAUGGAGCAAAUCCAGAUUGUUACGGGUUGAAAGACGUUAACAAUUUUUUUUUUAAAUCUUGACGGAGAUCGACAAAGACAGGUGCUGUAUCCUAGUGUCAGAGAAGUGAGCUUGCUCACACGAACAGCAUUUUACACUGACAAAGUCUUCUGUCUUCUGUGCGAUGUCAAUGUCACGGCAAUGAGCAGCACU